AUGCUUGACACAACAGACACAACCUCCAAAACACAACCUCAAGACACAACCUCAAGACACAACCUCAGACACACACUACCAAAGCCUACAGCCAUGACGGGUGUUCGGAUUGAUCAGGUGGCGGACUUCAUGGACCUCCGGGGCAUGAAAAACAGCCUGGCCGUCUUCUACAGCACCUUCAGUUUCACGCCCUACGAGAACGGAGAUGUCAUGAUCGGAUCUGCCAAUGAGCCUCGAAUAGUCAUGAUUCCUCAUGAGACUCAGACAGACGCUUUUCGUGCCGCUCUUGAACGCAAACUGGCCACUCUUCCUCCUCCGCACUAUGACAGGCCGCAUCCUUUGGGCUCUGAUCUACUGUUGAGCAAGAUGGCCCCAAAGAUGAAAAUCAUGACUCGAGCGGAGUACAUUCUAUGGCAACUUCGACGACUCAGUCAGGACUAUAGUCACGUUCCGAACAGCCUGAUGUUAAUGCCAUGUGAGAUUCACCAGAAGGAGGUGUCUGCUGGAGUCACCGAUGUCAAGAGUAAGACAACAGAGGUCAAGACUAAGAAGAAGCGGCGCAAGAAGAAAAAGGGAAAGCGAGUCGAUACCGAGGCCAGUACGGACGCUACUUGUAGCACCCCGCCUUCAUCUCGGGCAACAUCAGGUUGGUCAACGGUGCCUAACACGCCAACGAGUAGUCGAAGGUGA